CACCGAUUUCUGACCAUCGCCAGGAGAUCGAACAUAUUUUUGUGCGGAGUUGUGCAUAUUUUGGAAAUAUCGCGAUGGCCUCUCGUCGAAUUGCCCAAUCGAGCGUAAACUGGGCGGCUCUGGCCGAGCGUGUGCCGCCGAACCAGAAGCCUAAUCUCGCUGCCUUCAAGACGAAGAGCGAUAAAUACUUGCGUAGUGUUGUUGCCAAUCCGGAGUCAGCACCCAAAAUUGAUUGGGCUUUCUACAAGAAGAAUGUUCCCGUCGCUGGUAUGGUUGACAAAUUCCAAAAGGCGUACGAAGCCUUGCAGAUCCCUUAUCCGGUCGAUAACGUGACCAAGCUCGUCGAAGCUCAGGAGAAGGAAGUCCAGCAGGAGAUUGCCAAGUUCGUCAAGGAUUCCGAGUCCCGCAUCGCUGAACACCAGUCGCAGAUUGCCACCUUGAAGGCUCUGCUGCCAUACGACCAGAUGACCAUGGAAGAUUUCCGAGACUCCUUCCCAGAGCAAGCUCUGGAUCCGAUCAAUCGCCCCACGUUCUGGCCGCACACUCCCGAGGAGCAGGAGCCUGGUGCACCGAACGCCGAGCCGCACCAUUAAAAAACGAUCGCUUGAUUGCAGUUGCUUAAACAGUGACACCGAUAUUGGGUGCGUUUGGCGUAGACCCGGAAUAGAAAUAAAGCAAAUUGCUGUUUACUAACUCCGUACUCUGGCCAACGAAGAUCG